AGUGGGAAACAGGAAGGAAGGAACAGAACGUUCUCUUCCUCCUCCCACCACCUGCUAACAAGCAACCAUUAGCCGUGGUCCCGCUGGUUACAUUCUGCACAACUGUGCUUUGAUAAGCUAAUGCUAAGCUUGUUAAAUGACACAGGAAUAUAUUGUGUUAAUGCAGAUGUUUAGACAUUUAUUUUAGUUUUUUUCCUUUUCAUUUUCACCUGAGCCACGAAGGAAACAUGUCGUGUGCUUGCACAUCUGCAGCAAGACUGCUUCUUAUAAAUUCUGCUCAUAAAGGACUUUCAGGGUCUAGGGUCCAGCUGCUUUCUAAACGUAGACCCAGCGCACAUGAGGCCCGCCUGUCGCGCAGAAUCCCAGUGCGGUCUUUCUCCGAGACCUCUGUCUACUUUGCUUCAAAGGACAACACGACAAACAAUGGUGCUGGGGACGGAGGAAAAAAAUCUGUAAGUGAUGGCAGCGGAAAGCGCUCUGGUUCUGGGACCACUGGUAAAGGAGGCAGUCAGCUCCGCUGUCCUAAGUGUGGGGACCUCUGCACACACGUGGAAACGUUUGUCUCCUCCACACGUUUUGUGAAAUGUGAGAAGUGCCACCAUUUCUUUGUGGUGCUGUCUGAGGCGGAUACUAAGAAAAGCCUGAAAGAUCCUGAGACAGCGGCCGAGGCGGUGAAACUGUCUUUCCAGCAAAAACCUCCCCCACCCCCUAAGAAGAUCUAUGCAUACCUGGAUAAGUAUGUUGUUGGACAGAGCCAUGCCAAGAAGGUCUUGUCUGUGGCUGUCUACAAUCACUACAAGAGGAUCUACAACAACAUCCCUCCAGUAACUCGAAAGCCCACAGAAACGGAGAAGCACAACUCCAUCACGCCUCGUGAGAUAGAGAUACGAAGACGUGAAGAUGAGUACAGAUUCACAAAGCUGUUACAGAUCGCCGGCAUCAGUCCCCAUGGCAACGCACUGGGGGCCACCGUGCAGCAGCAGGGGGCGCAAGCGAGCGUCCAUGAGCAGAGGGGCGGAGACGUCUUAGACUCCACCCCCACUGAAAUCAGGCUGGAGAAGAGCAACAUCGUCCUACUGGGCCCCACAGGGUCAGGUAAGACCCUGCUGGCUCAGACACUGGCCAGGUGUCUGGACGUCCCCUUUGCCAUCUGCGACUGCACGACUCUCACGCAGGCCGGCUACGUGGGCGAGGACAUCGAGUCUGUCAUCGCCAAACUCCUGCAGGACGCCAACUAUGUGGUGGAGAAGGCCCAGCAAGGCAUCGUGUUCCUAGACGAGGUGGACAAGAUUGGCAGCGUGCCAGGAAUCCACCAGCUCAGAGAUGUGGGCGGCGAGGGCGUUCAGCAGGGUUUACUGAAACUGCUGGAGGGAACCGUGGUCAGCGUGCCGGAGAAGAACUCCAGGAAGCUGAGGGGGGAAACUGUUCAGGUGGACACCACCAACAUCCUGUUUGUGGCCUCCGGGGCCUUCAACGGCCUCGACCGCAUCAUCAGCAGGAGAAAGAACGAGAAGUACCUGGGCUUCGGCACGCCCUCCAGCCUUGGUCAGGGUCGCCGUGCAGCGGCCGCAGCCGAUCUGGCCAAUAGCAGCGGGACUGAGACCAGCGGGGUGGAGCUUGAGCUGCAGGAGAAGGACCGGCUCCUCUGCGGCGUGGAAGCGCGUGACCUCAUCGAGUUCGGCAUGAUCCCCGAGUUUGUGGGCCGCCUGCCCGUGGUGGUGCCCCUGCACAGUCUGGACGAGGAGACGCUCGUGCGGAUCCUCACCGAGCCCCAAAAUGCAGUGAUACCUCAGUACCAGGCCCUCUUCAGCAUGGAUAAGUGUGAUCUGAAUGUGACUCCUGAUGCUCUGAGGGCCAUCGCCAGACUUGCUCUGGAGAGGAAGACCGGAGCGCGAGGGCUUCGCUCCAUAAUGGAGAAGCUGCUACUGGACCCCAUGUUUGAAGUGCCUCAGUCCGACAUCAUGGCAGUGGAGCUGAACAAAGAGGUCGUCCAGGGGAAAGCCACGGCCACAUACAUCAGGAAUCCAGCAAAAGAUUCCACAGAAGAGGAGUAUGACUCAGGUGUGGAGGAGGAGAACUGGCCUAGACUGGCUGAUGCAGCAAAGAACUAACUAAUAACACACUCACACAGAACACACUCACACUUCCGUCUUGAAGACAUCAUCCCUCAUUGUAAAUAAACUGUGGACUGUAUACUACUAUCCCUUACAGAAGGGGAAAAACAUAAAACUGAUUAUGACUCAAAUUCCAUUGAGUUCCGUUGGAAUAAGCAUGAUGUUUGCUGAGAAGUUUGUACCCUAGAAAAACAAGGCGUAGAUUAUGAUAUUGAAGUUGGGACUUGUAUCACCAAGAGUAUUCCUAACUCUACCUCUGUUCAUAGAGGAGACUGUUAAUGUCUACUGUAAAGAUGUAAAGACUUUUAUUUGUUGAGUAGAGAAAAAAAACAAGUAUUUUUAACACUUUUUGUAACUUGCCUAUUACAUAGACUACACAGGUUGGUAAGUAGUAAUGAGUAGCUGAUCUAGUACAUAGCCAGUAGCAGAGCGGAUCUGGAUUGGGUCUCAUCCAGAAAUAUAACUGUUGUCUGAAUUCUGUUUAGUUUCCAUACCAUAGUUUCAACCCUGUACUCAUCAUUCAAUGAGACUGUUAUGACAGAAUAUGUAGUUACAAAGUCCGUAAAGGAAUCUGUUAAUUUGGGUCAGUGGUUCUGUGUAACCAGUGCUCCUUUUUUAACGGUAGAGAAAUUCUACUUUUAUAAUGACCCACACCAACAGUGUAGACCUCCAACCACUCGCACCUGUGCUGAAUACUAACUGUGUAUCUCAAGAUGUAAAUUGUUUAAAUAAAAAGUAAUACAAUGUG